GACUUGGGGGAAUCGCUCUGGCACCUGGCGGGGCGAAUCUCCCCCUUGAGGAAGGGGUGGGGGCGCGGGUCCUGCCUCUGGGAGUAGGAGGGCCCCCGGGAGAUGGGAUCUGUUACCGUUUGACUCCCUUUUGAAAGCUCAGUAGAAGCAAACGUGGAGAGACGGAGCUUGCAGCCAACACUCUGACAAGAAAGGGAGAGGAAGAAAGGUCUGCAUAACAAACAGGCUGCAGCAGAGUUGGGCCUUUCCCCCGUGGAUAGCUACAAGAGUGCCACUAUGAGUGACCAGCUAAAAUUUAUUGUUGAGAAGCUCAACAAGGAGCCCUUUAAGAAGAACUUCAAUUUAAUCACAUUUGACUCAUUGGAGUCAAUGCAGCUGUUACAGCUGCUAAAUGAUGUUCUGGGAGAGAUUGACCCAAAGCAAGUUGUUGACAUUAGAGAAGAGCUUCCAGAGCAGACGGCUAAACGGAUGUUGAGCCUUCUUGGCAUUCUUAAAUAUAAACCUCCAGGAGGCACCAGUGACUUGAGUACGUUCCGCCAGGGUUUAGUCAUUGGAAGUAAGCCUGUCAUUCAUCCUGUCUUGCACUGGCUGCUUCAACGGACAAAUGAGCUGAAGAAAAGAGCCUAUCUUGCACGGUUCCUAAUCAAAGUAGAUGUACCAGCAGAGUUCCUUCAAGAUGAUGUUGUGUCAGAUACCAAUAGACAGUAUGAAGAGCUGAUGGAAGCAUUCAAAAACCUUCAUAAAGAAUGUGAACAGCUGAAGACAUCUGGUUUCUCAACUGCAGAAAUACGAAGGGAUAUCACUGCUAUGGAAGAGGAGAAGGAUCAGCUGAUGAAGAGAGUAGAGCGUCUUAAGAAGCGGGUGGAGACAGUGCAGAAUCAUCAGCGGAUGCUUGAAAUGGCAAGGCAGCUUCGGGUGGAGAAGGAGAGGGAGGAAUCUCUCUCCCAGCAGAAGCAAGAACAGAAAAAUCAGCUUUUUCAUGCAGAGCAGAGGCUGCAAAGAGUCCAACUCCAGCUAAAGGAUAUGCGUCAUGCAGCAGUAGAUUCAAAGCCAGAAAGCUUAAUGAAGAGACUGGAAGAGGAGACAAAGUUCAAUACAUAUUUGGUCUCUGAAAAAUUUCCUAGAGAACUGGAAAUAAAGAAACAGUCGCUGUACUUCUUGCAGAAAGUAGUUGCAGAGCCAGCAAUGGGCCAGUCUGAUCUCAACGAACUUGAAACCAAAAUAAAUGAGGUCAACAUACAAAUCAAUCAGUUGAUUGAGAAGCGGAUGAUGAAAUAUGAACCAAUCGAUAGUAAAUUUUCAAUGUAUCGACAACAGGCCUCCAUCAUUUCCCGGAAGAAGGCAGCCAAGGCCGAAGAGCUUCAGGCUGCCAAGGAAGAGCUGUCCAACCUAGAGAAGCAAAUGUUGCAGAAGUCAAGCCAAGCCCGGGAACUGAAUGGGGCCGAAGUCUUGAAAGGGGAUGAGUUUAAGCGGUAUGUUAAUAAGCUUCGGAGCAAAAACACGCUUUACAAAAAGAAGCGCCUGGAUAUAGCAGAAAUUACAGCUGAGUACGGCAUCCUGCAGAGAACAGAGGAGCUCCUAAAACAGCGCCAUGAGGAUAUCCAGCAGCAGCUGCAAGCAAUUGAAGACAAGAAGGGUAUCUCUGGAUACAGCUAUACACAGGAGGAGCUAGAGAGAGUGUCAGCCGUGAAGAGCGAAAUGGAUGAAAUGAAGGGUCGGACUCUGGAUAACAUGUCUGAAAUGGUGAAAAAACUGAAUGCUAUGGUGGCUGAUAAGAAGUCAAGCCUUGCUCCGAUUAUCAAAGAUUUAAGGCAGUUGCGACAGAAGUGUCAGGAAUUGACCCAAGAAUGCGGAGAGAAAAAAACCCAGUAUGACAGCUGUGCAGCAGGCCUGGAGAGCAACCGUUCUGCACUGGAGCAGGAGGUGAAGGGCCUUCAUGAAGAGUGUAUUCAGGAGGAAAGCCGCUAUCAUCACAUCAACUGCAUGAAAAAGAUCCUAGAAGUCAGCCUUCAGCGCGCCAAAGACGAGAUGAAGCUGUAUGUUUCUUCAGAUAUGCAGGAAAGAAGAAAGGCAAUCAGGGAACAAUACACCCGGAUGAUCACGGAACAAGAAAACCUUGGAAAGAAACUGCGAGAGAAGCAGAAGAGUGUGCGGGAAAGCCACGGUCCAAAUCUGAAGCAAGUGAAAAUGUGGCGAGAUUUCCAGCUGCUCAUGGAGUGCAAGAAGGAAUGUUUCCUCAAGCAGCAAAACCAAGCAUCCAUUGGCCAGGUUAUUCAGGAAGGAGGAGAGGACCGGCUGGUCUUGUGAAUCCCAGCCAUACUGAGCAUCAGUUCUGUUGUGAAAAUUGGUCUAGUUCUACAACUGUUUUUACAAAAGUUAGAUUUCUGGUUGCUGUUGUUGAGGGGCUCAGCUGCUGUUCAGCUACAACGGCUGCUUGGAAAAGUCCCAGCCUAAAUAGAAUGGCAAUGGUUUCCCAGUUUGACUGGGAGCCUUUUCAGCGGCUCAUUGUAUUAAAGAGAGAAAAUAACUCUCUACAGGUACUGCAGAUGCGAAGUGGCUCUAUCACUUGGAGGCCAGUUUAAGCAGUGGGAUGGGCUCCGUGUUCAAUUACUGCAUUGAAAUGGGUUUAUGGGCAAAGGUCUAGUCCAUGUGUUGAGCUGAAAGCUGGCUGUUUUCACAGAGAAACCAAGAUGAAUGAUACUCCCUCCCCAGGCCCAAAAAGGUGGGAGUUCUAAUUCUGCGGCUUCUACAGCCAAGCAGCAGGAUAUACUGUGACACAGAGCCAAACUGGCUUGCAAGAAGUCCACUCACCCCACUUAGUCAUGCCCAAACCUGGCAUAUUGCUUCCUCUUGGUACUGGGAAAAGGAUGCUCAUUUAUCUUCCAAAUUCUCAGCACGUUUCUUAAACAUGCAUUUUUUGCAUCAAAGUAUGUGCAGGCCUAUAACUUCAUCGGGUGUCAUCUUUAAAUGGCCACUCCCCCUGGAGAGCUGCAGUGGAGUAUAGAAGCAACAGGCAAAGCUUGCUUUGGGGAAGCAAAGUGUGGCCAGUUGAUACAAGAGCCUCUGAUCCCUGCCAUUAGACUUCUCACGAGUCUGCCUGGCUCCCUUGAGUUAAGCAAAGGGUGUGUAAAGAAAAUUUACUAGUUGGACUAAAACUAGUAAAUUUAGUCCUUGGACUAAAACGGAGGUGCAGGAUCUUCCAGAAGUUUCCUUGCUUCCCUUAGGCCUUUGACCUGUAGCGAAGUCAUUUAGAAACACAUGAAAAGGAGUUAUUCUAACCUUUUCUAGCUUUGUUAGAACAAUGGCAUUUUAACAUUCCCUGUAGCUUUCUGCUCUCUGCCUAAUUUUUCCUGGUAGAUAUUAAAUUAACGUAUUUCAUUAAUGUAGCCACAGAGACAAUAAAGUCUAACAUUCACAUUGUUAUUCUUCUGUACGCUUGUUCAGUUCCCCAUUGUCCAUACUUAAUAAAGAACAGGAGUUUAUUGGUUGUCAGGCUCCA